AUGCGCGCACCAGCUAUACUAUUCGCCUCCCCUCAAGACCCUACGCGAGACCAUCACCCCUCGUACCGUCAACGCCGUUAUCCCUCUACGCCUACGCCAGCGUGGGACCCAACGGUAUGGCCGUCAAUUGACGACCUCAAGGCUAUCCAGACCCGCCAACAGCGCCCAGAGCCCUGCCGGAAGUGUAGCGCUAGAUUCCCCAGCAAGAACGCUCUCUUCCGCCACGUCUAUGCCAAUAGCUGUGGAAGCCAGUUUCGCUGUCGCAUCUGCUAUAGCGAUUUCACAUCUCGCAACGCCCUAUUCCGACACCUACAACAGGGCUGCCAGCCCUCAGCCUGUAGGGCUGGAAUCCCACAGCAGGAGACUGCUAAGACUACUGCCGAGACUACCGAGACUGCCGAGACUACUGCCGAGACUGCCGAGACUACUGCCGAGACUGCCGAGACUACUGCCGAGACUACUGCCGAGACUGCCGAGACUACUGCCGAGACUACUGCCGAGACUGCCGAGACUACUGCCGAGACUACUGCCGAGACUGCCGAGACUACUGCCGAGACUGCCGGCCAGACCAUAGAAGUUAUAGAACGGGCUUCUGCGCCGUUUCUACAGACCCUCUUCAACGCCGCUAAGCAUGCCCAUAUCUAUACCGAAAUUAGCCUCUGUAUGACUAUGCUACAGUCUCAACGACAACAACAGCAACUGCUUUUCCUACCAGACCCAGGGAGAAGAUUCGCAGCCAUAACGAACAUUCAGCAACGAUACGGAGUAUUCUGGCCCGACGCCGACAGCAAGUACGGCAGGGAGCCUAUAUUCUAUGACCAACAGACACUAUGCUACCGAGACGUAGAUCUAUGGCUCUUAGCAAUUGGAAGGAAAAUCGUUAAUCCAUACGCUCGAGACGAAGUCCUCCGAGAAUGGCAGAGCCUACUCAGAGGUAAAGCACUCAGCUGGUGGGAAUAUCACCUUAGGCCCGUGGAAAGGAACCGGUAUAGGGCCCUAGGAUGGUACGGCCUACAGAAGGGACUAAGUGCCCGCUUUGGGCCAACCCAGCUAGUUAAUUACAGCCAGCCAGCCAGCCAGCCAGACAGUUACGCCCAGCCAGACAGUUACGCCCAGCUAGUUAAUUACAGCCAGCCAGCCAGCCAGCCAGACAGUUACGCCCAGCCAGACAGUUACGCCCAGCCAGUUAAUUACAGCCAGCCAGCCAGCCAGCCAGACAGUUACGCCCAGCCAGUUAAUUACAGCCAGCCUUAG